CACGAACGGGAGGAUUCUGCGCGGUAUCGUUUGCGUACGUUUUCGGCACAAAGUCUGACAUAUUUCACAGUCGGUAGGCUGCAUUUGUCUAUGAUGUUUAUUAAGUUUUCUGACGAAAAGCAAUUAACAAUGUCUGUAGAGUUAAAAUUAGUGUUGGAAAUAGAAAAACAUGAAUGCCUUUACAAUUGCAACCUGGCUGAAUAUUCUCAUAAAGAUAUAAGGGAAAAGGCGUGGGCAAAAGUUGCGUCGAAAACGAAAUUAUCAGUAAAUGAAUGCAAGGAAAAGUGGAGAAACGUCAGAUCGUCUUUCCUGAGAAGUUUGAAACCACCUCUAUGCGGAUCAAAAACGAAAAAGCCGUAUUAUUUAAAAGAAUAUUUACAGUUUAUAUUACCCUUCGUUAAACCGUUAAGUAACGUAGAAAGCUCAGGUGAUAUUCCUGAGUUUGAAUUUGCAAAUACGGAUUCAACAGAUUCAGUAGACGUUACUAAUGCCAGUCUCAGUGAAGAUGCAGACACUGUAGACAUCAAAAUUGAAUCAACUACUUUAACAUUACCAGAAGAAGAACGAUCAACCCGUUCUCGGCCUCCACCUCAAACAAUGAGUCAUCGUCGCAAACGUUCAACGCCCGAUGAUGAAGAAACUUUCUUAGAUUACUUGAAAAAUAAAUCUAAAAGAUAUCACACUGAAGAGACAACGAACCAAAUUUGUAAAAAUGAGUCUAUUCGUUACUUUCUACUCAGUUUGUUACCCGAAUUUGAAACAAUGACUGAUGACCAAAUAAGAAUGUUUAAAAUUAAAGUUAUGAUGCUCAUCAGUGAUAUGAAGUCAAAGCCAGAUCAAGGGAGAAGUAGUCCAUUUUAUUCAGAUUCGUGAACUAUACUUUGAAUCUUAAAUUAGUUAGAUGUAAACCAAAAUAGAUAAUAAUGAAAAUGUUAAUACGAUAAAUUAAAUAAAAAUGUAUUUUACUAUAUCAGU